CCAGCAGUGAGGAGGAAACAGCCUGAUAUGUUGAGGACAGCUCCAGUUGACUGACUCUGUGUGUUUGCAUAUGUGUCCUGCCUCUCUGCUCCCAGCCGUUAAGAGGCCAGUGUUGAUCAGUGGCUGUCCAGGCCUUUCACAGCCACUGACACGCCGGCAGCACAAUGAUGAUGUCACUGAUUCUACUGCUGGCCACCCUGGGGCUCCUUGUUCAGGAUUCAUCAGGAGAAAUCAUCCUGACUCAGUCUCCUGGAUCUCAGUCUGUUGCUCCAGGACAAACUGUCUCCAUCACGUGUUCAGCCAGUUCAAGUGUUGAAGGAUAUGGCAAGAAAUGGCUCAACUGGUACCUUCAGAAACCUGGAGAAGCUCCUAAACUCAUGAUUUAUCUAGCUACAGGCCGUGAGUCUGGGGUUUCAGAUCGUUUUAGUGGAAGGGGAUCUGGGACUGACUUCACUCUGACCAUCAGAGGAGUUCAGGCUGAAGAUUCAGGAGUUUACUACUGUCAGCAGAGUUACAGCACACCGUUCACACAGCGAUACAACGUCGUACAAAAACCUCCCUCACUGCUGCUGCUGCUGCUGCUGCCGUCCACCUUCCAGGCCAGACUCCAGUCUGAGGGGAAGCCCUUGUUGGCCAGGCACAUGAGCGUGGCCUUCCCCUGCUGCAGCUCCUCUCUGGAGGGGGGCAGCACCGUCAGGCAGCUGUCCUUCAUGACAACAGAAGCCACAGAAAUCCUCCUCUUCAUCAAAAACAUGACUUUGACCUCCGUCCUCAUCUGGACUCUCCUCUGCUGCUGCUUCACAGAGUCCAGAGGUCAGGUCACAGUGACUCAGCCUGGAGCAGUGAGCUCUGCUCUGGGAGGCUCCGUCACCAUCAGCUGUAGGACCAGUCAGAGGGUUUAUAGUGGGAGCUACUUGCACUGGUACCAACAGAGAAAUGGAGAAACUCCUAAACUGCUCAUUUAUGCAACUAGCACUCGAGCAUCAGGGAUUCCAGAUCGUUUUUCAGGCAGUGGAUCAAGCUCUGACUUCACUCUGACCAUCAGUGGAGUUCAGGCUGAAGAUGCAGCAGUUUACUACUGUCAGAGUUUUCAUGAGAUCAACAGUCAGUAUGUGUUCACACAGUGAAAAAGAGUCAUACAAAAACCUCCCUCAGUCAGACUGAACAGAAACUGAAGUGACUGCUGCAGCUGGAAGCUACUGCAGAGACUGAUACACUUCACUGAGGACACACACACACACACACACACACACACCAAAUUCACAAUGUGAUAAAAAACAAAUGUCUCCACAUUGAAUUAAAUUCUCAAGACACAGAAGCUCCACAUGUCUCUGAACAAGCUGUCUCUGUCUGAAGGCAGAACAUUGGAUCCAAAAACAUGUGGUGGAUGUUUUCACGUGUCCAGAAUGUUGGACCCAAUCGUUAUCAGACCGGUGUUAAUCCUGCCCAAACCUGACAGGCAUAAAUUACGCUGAAAAAAUAAAAGGUCAGAUGUGAAGAGGACCUGAGCUCAGCCUCACCCGACCUGAAUAGAUGGUUCAAACACCCUGACUGCAUCUGACACGCGUGUUUUAAAGUACAUAUGUUGUUUUAAAUGGCUGAACAGACACCAAAUGAUUUUUUUCCUCAGAGGACAAUAUUUGAUGAAAGAAAUAAAUUAUUAAUAACAACACAAACUUGUGCCUGCCGACACAUAAAUAAGAAAGUUUCUCGUCAAAUCCUCCUGGAUGUGUAAUGUUGUCAUUGUAGAUCUGAUGCCUUUUUCUGUUACUGAUGUCCUCCAAAUGAAUGAAGUCAGAGAAAGUGAAAAUGUUUUUGAUUCUUGAAGAGCUGUAGCAUAUAUUCACUGAUAAACUGUAGCUUAAACUUUACAUUCACUGCAA